UAGAAGCAAAAAAAUAAAAUAAAAUUUGCUGGUGAAAAACAAUGGAGUAAUGGGGAAACCUGGCAUAUCCCGCCAAAAGACUCUUCAAAGGUAUAAUGGGCUUCCAUUAGCACCCGGAUGAAAUGUAAGAAGUAGAAAAUUGACCAGGAAAAAAAUUAUUACACAUUUAAUGGAUUGCAUAGCAGACAAUACAGCAUGGGUAAUAAUUACUUACUGUGCUUUUUAUUAUUAUUAUUUGGUUCCUGACAAAAUUGCGGGAUUGGUAUUUAUUUGAUGGCAAGCGUUUAACGACCUUUUUCAGAAAAUGUCUGAAAUUUCAUUCAAUUGGUGUUUGUUUUCUAAGAAAAAUGGUAUCUUUGGAAGAUUUGUCAUUACCCAUUUGAGAAUAUUGAUUUUUGGUUGAUGGGUUUUUGUUCGGCUGUGAAUAGAAGAGUUUUAGGGAGAGUAGUAAGGUGUAUGAUGUUAAGCAUAUGAUAGAGCUUGGUUCAUGGGUUGUGUUUGAAAGGGUUUCAUAGCGACAUGUGGGGGGCAGAGAUGUGCUGCACAUGGAUUCGGCAAUUCCAAAGCUUUGGUCGUUGAGGAUGUGAAAAUAAUAAUGGGAAAAAAAGGCCUCUGCUUUUCUCAAGAGAAUCAGCUGCAGAUAAGAACAAACUGUUUGGUGUAAGAGAAAAGACCAAGUUUGUUUUUCUUUUACCAGUGGAGUCGGUGCAUAAGGGUUAGGGUGCUAGAAAAAACUCAAAAUCUUAGAAGAAGCUCAUUUUCAUCAACCUAAACAUCUUGGUGGAAGCUACAGAUCAGAUCUCUUUUCUCGUAGUCCUAUGAUCUUUAUCCGUCUGUUCUGCUGAGUUUUAUGUCAUAGUAUACAGCUUUUAUUCCAAUUUAUGCGCAUGGGAAAAGCAGCUAAGAAUCGAUUCUUUUCCUGGUUGUUGCUUAUUCCUUCUUUAAGUUUCAUUUGUUUUCUAAGUUUUGGAUUCUCUUCUUUCCUUGUUGCCCUACCUAUUUUAUUUCUGUCAACCAUUUUUCUUCUCACAUUCACAAAGAAAAAUAUGGGUUUAGAUGAGAAUGCAGCUGGAAAUCCACCAAGCAGCCAAGAAAUCCUGAAAGAGGAUCAGAAAGUUGGGGAAGAGAUACAUCAAGUAGUAGGAAAAGAUAAGGAAUGGAGUAAACUGCAACCAAUUUUAGAAAAUGCGGUACAGAAUGAGACUGGCCAACACAGUGAAAAGGGUGUAAUCCAUGAUUACCAAGAAGUGCAAGAUAUUCCAACAGACAGUGAGGGCACUGAUGAUUCGGUACCAAGUGAGAUUUUUGAGCUCAAAUGGACAUCCCCAAGCAAUGUAGAGGGUCAAAAUCUAGCAGUCUCUGAUUCUUCAGUUUCAGAAGAAGAUGAUGACGAUGAUGAUGAUAGCCUCAUUGAGAUCAGCCUUCCAGGCAGUGAGUCAAGUGGUAUAAAGGAAAAUGCAAAUCUCAAUCUGCAGUCAAAAUUGCCUGAGUUGUUGCCAGAAUCCAUUUUCAGGGAACAUGGCUUUAGGGAACUUAUAGAGGAGAUGAAUGAGAUGAAUGAGGAAGAAAAUCUUAUCGAAAUUGACAUCUCAAUGGGCUCCAUUAAGUGUUCAAUGUAUGAGAUUGAAGCAUAAGUCCCAAAUACUCAAGAGGGCAAAGUGAUGUUUAAAUUUUGAAAGUCUGUUAGCUUGAUGUCAAAAACUAUUAGGCUAAGAUCUACUUUUGGAUUCUUUUCUUUUUUGUGAUGCUAAAAUGCUUAUCUAAUUCCUGCUACUUUUUGUUUUCAUUUUUGGUUAAUCAAAUAUUUUACAUUUCUUACAAGGGCCUGAUAACCCAUGCUUCUUAGAGAAUAAAAGCAAUGGUUUUCUGUUUUU